GGUGUUGGUGUUGGUGCUGGUGUGCCGCCGCGCUCAUCAAUGCAUUGGGGCUCUGCAUCCCAUGUCUGCCACAUGUCCCCACUGAUGCCCCCCUGUUGAUUCCAUGCAAACAAGAGAGAGAGAAUGUGUGAGCGCUGACAUGCGUGUGACAGGCGCAGAGGUACAUGCUCGACCCGCUCACGGCUCCCGAGCCCAGCCAGGAGACGGGGCCCGGCUCCUCGCUCGUCAACAACCACCACCAGCACCGCCGGCACCGCGCGUCCUUUUUCUCGGCGGCCCGCAGCCUCAAGAAGCUGUCCCUGUCCACGGCGGCGCCGGACAAGGACAAGGAGGACAAGGAGGGCGGCGACGACGGCAGCAAGGACGACGCCCGGGGGCCCAACGCCGCGGCCGCGAAGGCCAUCCCCGGCGAUGACGACGACGACCACCGCGACAACUCGUCCGGGUAUCCCACGCCGCCGUCGUCGGACUCGGAGGGCAAGGACCCUGCCCGCCGCGCAGCCCGAAGCAUUGGCAGUGGCAUUGGCAGCGGCAGCGACCGUGGUGGCAGUGACGCUGGGGCCGGCCUCGGUGCUGCUCCAGGCAUUGGCGCCUCUGCUGCCCCCCAGCUCCACCCCUCCAACCCGUUCUCGACCACCACCACUACACCAAGCACCGCUAGCACUACCACCUCUACGUCAUAUGCUCGGUCGGACGCGCACGCAAGCCGUGAAAUCAGUCCACCGCUCUCUCCUCAACACCACCGCCACAUCCUCGACCACCCUGCCUCACCUCGCGGCUCGCAGCAUCAGCAUCAGCAUCAGCAUCAAUACCCCUUGAGUCCCCGUCAUCGCCGCAACCCCAGUGUUCCGACAGCACCUUGCAGUUCCUGGCCCGACAAGCCCGGCCCCCUCCCGCCGUCGUCCCUGCUGGUCCCGCACCAUCCGCAUCCGCAACCUCCUCAUCACCUCCACCACCGCAACCGCAGCAGCAGCAGCGUCGCCAGCAGCAACAGCAACAGCCACGACAACGGCAACAGCAACAGCAACAGAAACACCACCACCACCACGCUCCAGCGCCACCGCUCCCUCCGCCAGCGCUACCCCGGCGACAUGUCGCACCGCCCGCUCGACAUGCUCCGCGCCGACGCCCGCGCCGCCGAGCGCGGCCCGCACCAGCGCCACCGCAAGCGCAUCUCCCGCGACACGGACACCAUCGACGCCCUCGACAACACCGUCGGCGGCAUCCCCUACCACCACGGCGGGCCCUACGACGCCACCCUCACCAGCCGCAACCUCGACGUCAGGUACAGCCCCGUCGCCGCCGUCCGCGCCUCCAACGAGGCCGCCCUGCGCGCCACCCCGCGCGAGAACAUCAUGGACAGCCUCGAGCGCCACGUGCCCCUCCAGGGCACCGCCUCCAUCCCCCCCGGCGCCCGCGACAUGAGCGGCCGCGUCAUGGACUACGACGAGGGCGCCGACCUCAUGCGCGAGCCCGACGCCGACGGCGGCGCCUACAAGCGCUGGCCCGGUGUGCAAUACCACCCUGAAGACUACAAGGGCAAGGGCGAGCCCUCCUUCACCAUCGAGCGGGACCUCAAGGCCCGCAAGCACGGCAAGCACCUCAGCGAGGCCGACGCCUUCGAAAUGUACCCGGGCGCCAACAGGCGUACCGUUGCCGCCCGUCAGCGCAGCGCCAGCAACGCUGAGCACGAGGGCUCCUCCGCGAGCGGCAACGCCUACGGUGGCAGCGGCAGCGGCAGCGGCAGCGGCGAGGGUCUGCGUCGGAACAACACCACGGGCAAGAGGCUCAGCGACGGCAUCAAGCGCCGCUUCGGCAGCCUGCGGCAUAAAAAGUCGGCCGAGGCGCACUAGUCGCGUCCUUUACUCGGGAGUCUUUGGCGUUUUUCUUUGUUUUUCCAUUGGGCAGGACGUACGGCCUUCAUGUACAUGUUAGAAUGAACUCUCGGCGGGAUGGCGUGCGCGCCUCGGGCAUGGUUUAAUCUAGACGGCGCAUCUCGCGCGCCCCUCAAUGUUACAUAUGUCUAUGAUACACACACGCUGGCCUUCUUC